AUGGGAUCGUAUGCAGACUGGGUGGCCUUGAAAGUUUUAACAAAUGAACCUCAUUUAGUUGAUGAAAUUAUUGAUCUUGUUUUGAGUAUCCCAACUUAUUGUGAAAAUCGCAUUGAAGUCGCUGAAUCUCAACAAAUCAACCAAUAUGAUAUCCAUGGAUUAAACGAUCCAACAGUAGAGCUUUCGUUUGAUCUAGGUGAACGGAACGUUACCACUCAACACUACUUUUGCAGCCCCGCACAACCGGGUUUCUCGCUGUCGUCGCUGAGUUUUGGAAACCUUCGGGAAACCGGGUUAUUUUUGUCACAUUUUACCAGAAGGCCUAACCGUCAGGAUACUGAGGUAGUAAAACGGUAUAUGCUGGGGAGUUGUGGAAUGUUUGUGGAUUUUGAGCACGAUCGUGGAUCAUUCGUGGUUGUUUUUGGAGCAUUUGGCGGUAUUUUUUACACUCAUUCUGUCAAAUAUGAAUCUAUCCGUCGUAUCAUUGUUGAUCUGCUCUAUGGGGAGGAUUGUGUUAACAUGUUUAUUCUCCUUAAUUACCCUCCAGAUCUUAGAAGGCUUCCUUCGAAAGUCGUUGACAGAGAUUUUCAUUCUCGAGAACGAAGGCGUUCAGUUCCAGAAAGAGCAGGUAUCAAUGGUGAACCAAACAGGCACGAUAAUUGUGCGGCAAUUAACGACAGUCCGAUGUUGUGCUUAAGUUUUCAGCUCCCAUUUAAUUGGGAUGAGUUUUAUGUUUUAAUUAGUCGCUUAAAUGCAAGAACGCGGAUACCUAUUGAAUUCUCCAAUAUACGCUGCAAUUAUUUUGAUGUCAAAAGGUACUGUGCGAUGCCUGUUAAACUAAUUGGGACGGACUACAGAUCUCGUGCAAAGGCACCAAAUAAAACUGAAUACCAACCCCAUAUGCCAAGAGUGGAUGACUUCUGGUCUUCUAAACUGCGAAAGACGGAUUUUGCAUUAGAAUAUUUGAUUGCAGCCCUUCUCUCGCGCGGUGCAGUUGUCAAAGAUCAAAUUUUGAUCAAAGAAGAGGCAAGAAAUAAAUUUUUGGAACUUGUACUGAAAGAGUAUGGACGGAAACCAGAAUUGGCUUUAGAAGGUUUAGAACGGCUUCUCAAUUUUGUUGAUGAAACGAAACAAAUUAGUUCCUUAAUCGCGGCAUAUGAAAAAAUAAUGAAUAAUUUGUGGAAUAAUCAUGAAACUUUUCGUGACGUACUUCAGAAGACUGAAGAUGGCAGUUACACACGAGUCAGGAAGGCAAUGAUUGUUACCCCUACGCGUACUCUUCUUGUUGUUCCUGAACUUUUAAUGGGUAACAGAGUGCUACGUAUGUUUGAUGGCUCAGGGUAUGGUGCGUUGCGAGUGCAGUUUCGUGAUGAUGACGGUACCAAAUUAAGGGUCAAUAAUGCAGGGAAUUUUCUUAUUGACACCACCGUUCACAACACAUUGCUGCAUGGUGUUUAUAUAUCUGAUCGUCACUUCGUCUAUCUAGCGUCUUCAAAUUCGCAGAUGAGAGAUAACGGUUGCUAUUUUUUUGACGAUGGAGAAGGAGGAGAGGGACAAGGAGGACAAGCACAGAAAAUCAGAGAAAGCCUUGGGAAAUUUGAUAAGACGAACAUACCAAAAUUGAUGUCACGAAUAGGGCAGUGUUUUACACAAGCUGAGCAGUGUGAUGAAAAACUGGAAAGGGGAAAGUAUAAUAAAGUUCAUGAUUUUAUUGGAGGCAAAGAUGCAAACGGUGAACCAUAUACUUUCUCGGAUGGCGUCGGGAAAAUGUCUUAUAAAUUUGCAUCAACUAUAGCAAAAAAGAUGGAAUUGGGAUCUUGCGUACCGAGCUGCUUUCAGGUUAGAUAUCGUGGUAUUAAAGGAGUACUGUCGGUUGACCCGGCAAUGGAUGAACGUCACGAGUGGGCCAAGAAGAACUGCGUGAAGGAUACAAAGAAACUAAUUGAAAAAACUCUUUGCUUAAAUGUCUUGUUUCGUCCCUCACAGGAUAAGUUUAGCGCUCCAAGAGCAACGUACAUUGAUAUCGUAAAAAUUUCUUCACCGGUUCCUGUUUCUUUAAAUCGUCCGUUAAUCUGUAUUAUGGACCAGGUUAGUGAAAUGCAAGGUUACGAACUACAUAAAAGGGUUUGCGGACGCAUUCAUUCCCUUUUGGAUCGCCAGUUAAUGCAGAUGGCAGAAAUGUUAAUGAGUGAGGACAGAUGCCGGAAGCGUCUCAAUGAACUUCCAAGAAGAAUUUCAGUUGAAUAUCUUUCUACCGUUAAAGGCUUUGCGUUAACCCAAGAACCUUUUUUCAGAACUCUUCUCUUUGCUAGCGCCAAGUUUACUUUAAAGAAGCAACUUAUGAAGGAGCAGAUUCAAAUACCUUUCAACUUAGGCCGUACUAUGUUUGGAGUAGUUGAUGAGUCUGGCUUACUGCAGUAUGGUCAGGUUUUCAUUCAGUACACGAGCGAUGUAGAGAUGAAAACACCUGGCAAAAAUGCUGCAAAAGAAAUUUUAAAGGGGAAAGUGUUAAUUACGAAAAACCCGUCUGUUGUAGCUGGCGACGUGAGGGUUUUUACUGCUAUUGACGUUCCUGAGCUGAGACAUUUAGUUGACGUUGUAGUUUUUCCUCAGUCAGGUCCUCGACCACAUCCGGAUGAGAUGGCAGGUUCUGAUCUCGAUGGAGAUGAGUACAGCAUUAUUUGGGAUCAGGAAUUAUUCUUUGAUCAUAAUGAAGAGCCCUUAGAUUUUACGAAGGAUAGCCGAAAAGCGCAAGAUAUUCCGCAGGAUCAAGUGGUUGCUGAGAUGAGGAAUUUUUUUGUCGAGUAUAUCAAGCAGGACUCUAUUGGUACUAUUUCAAACGCCUUUCUCGUCAAUGCUGAUUUGUACGGCAUCAAAAGCGAGGUGUGUAAAAACAUUGCUCGUAAACAUUCGAAGUCUGUUGACUUUCCCAAAACCGGUUCUCCGCCUGAUCCUUUAGUCAAAACGUGGAAGAAAACUGAAAAUGAUGUCUCUAUUCCUCCAGAAAAGCCUGAACGUUGGCCGGACUUCAUGUGUAAAAACCAUGAACCAUUUUAUGCGUCUAGAAGACUGGUUGGACAGCUUUUUAGGAGAAUCAAAGCCGUAGAUGACGUACUGACGUUAACUAUGGUGUCUGAAGGACUAGCGAGUAUUUCUAUUGAUGUGACUUUGGUAUGGCCGGGAUACGAGAAGUUCCUGGAUGUCGCUGAGCGAGAUUAUUCAUUAAUGGACAAUUACGGCAUUGAGGACGAAGGUCAGUUGUAUUCCGGUUGCAUUACUGUAUUACGAAAUCGACUUAGUGAGAAGGAUAAUGAUGACAUGUCACUGUACAAUACGAAUUAUAUGAUUGAAAAAAAAGUGAAUGAUAUUUUCAGGGUCUUUCGGAAACUGUUUUUCAAAGAGUUUGGCGGUUUUGAAGCCUGUACAACUCCACUGAGUUCUAAAGAGUUUCCUUCUUCUGACCAGGACCUUCGUCGUCUAUGUGAAGAAUCUAACGAUGACAUGAAAGCGAAAGCUUCAGCUUAUUAUUUAAUCUGUUAUGAGCGUGCUACGCGAACGAAUGGAAAGCGAAUAUUGUCCUUCCCUUGGCUAGUUUGGGAUAUCCUUGCACAGAUUAAAUUAAGUAAGCAGGAUCCAAAAUCUAUCACUGUCGAUCCUCUCUCUGCUUUGGUUACUAAGUUUAUGGAUGAUUACUGUGCUAAGCAUGAGAGCUCAAUGAGAGAGCUGAUAAGGGAGUUAACCACUAAUAUUUCUGGUUCAGAUGCCAUACUUCGGUACUGCAGAAAAUAUGAAGGACGUAUGUUAAAUGAGGAAAGUAUUCAAAUUUUAUUUGAAACCUCCACAGUUGCAUUUUUGCCGUGUGGCGUGUGGGCUGAGCAUCAUGCUUUGUUCACUGGAAGCUUUAAUCCUACCAAGCUGAGCCUACUGCUAAUACAGUUUUUGGUUGGCCAUUACGUUACUGACAGUUACAUGGCUAAUGAUUGCUUGAUAGGACAGGUUGAUAAAAAUAGUGCAAAUGAUGUUGUUCAGCUUAAAAAUAUGGUCGGAGGCAUUGGGAAACUAUUCGUACAGUUUUUGCAAUUUCUUAGUUCUAGGAGUUUCGAAAAUUUGAAUUACAUAGAUUUUAACAGCCCAAAUCUCGAUUAUUGUUCGAAACUGAUUCGUGGUCAGUGGCUGGAAUUGCAUGAGGUGGCGUUGAAAUCAUUCUACGGGCUAAUGUUAAAAGGCUGUUUCGAUGAAUUGCCUUUGGCUGAGUGCAGGCGACCGGAAGCUAUCAGCGUUACUGAAAUGGACCCAUUUGUGAUUGAGAUUCCUGAUGAGAUCGAAUUACCUGAAAGAGACUUGACAGAAAAAAUGAUGAACUAUUCUGGAGUUGAUGACCUUCACUUACGAAGGGCUCCUGGUCGUAGAGAUUAUAUUCAUUUGGGCAAAAUUUGUUUUAAUAGUUUUUUGUGUUGCGGUAGUAGUGAGGUAUUCAUUGUAGGAAGAGUGAUUCUAUCUGCAAGAGGCUCUUUAGAAAGUUUACGGCGUUUGAGGGACCUUGUAACUGUGGAGUCAAUCACGAAUUGCCAUAUGAGUGACGAAGAAAAAAGUGACAUGAUGGUGCGUCUCGUUUACGAAAGGAUUUUACAGCUGUGCCAGUAG